GGUGCUAGAAGCGGGGCUGGGCGAGGUGUGUGCCCGCUGGGUUCCCGGGCCACCGCCCCCUCACUGCCCGGGUCUUUCCCUCGCUUCGUGCUCGCCAGCGCGUCCAGCCCCCUGCCACGGCGCCCCGGCCCAUGGCACCCCGCGGUUGAGCCGGCGCCGCCAGGGACCCCUCCCGCGGGCCUCCCCGGGGCGCGCAUAUCCCGGAGCCGCCCGCCCACCUUCCGCGGAGCCUCCCUCCCCUCCUCGCCCGAGCCGGGCGGGACCAUGGCUGCGAAGCUGCGAGCGCAUCAGGUGGACGUGGACCCGGACUUCGCGCCGCAGAGCCGGCCGCGCUCCUGUACCUGGCCCCUGCCGCAGCCCGACUUGGCGGGCGACGAGGACGGAGCGCUGGGCGCAGGGGUGGCCGAGGGCGCCGAGGACUGCGGGCCGGAGCGCCGGGCCACGGCGCCGACGAUGGCCCCAGCGCCGCCGCUGGGCGCGGAGGUCGGACCGCUGCGGAAAGCCAAGAGCUCCCGGCGGAACGCGUGGGGGAACCUGUCCUACGCCGACCUCAUCACCAAAGCCAUCGAGAGCGCCCCGGACAAGCGGCUCACGCUCUCUCAGAUCUACGACUGGAUGGUCCGCUACGUGCCCUACUUCAAGGAUAAAGGCGACAGCAACAGCUCGGCCGGCUGGAAGAACUCCAUCCGGCACAACCUGUCGCUGCACACCCGUUUCAUCCGCGUGCAGAAUGAGGGUACUGGCAAGAGCUCCUGGUGGAUGCUGAACCCAGAGGGCGGGAAGACAGGGAAGACCCCACGGCGCAGAGCUGUGUCCAUGGACAACGGAGCCAAGUUCCUGCGCAUCAAGGGCAAGGCGAGCAAGAAGAAGCAGCUGCAGGCACCCGAGCGGAGCCCGGACGCCAGCCCACCGGGCGUGCCUGCCCCAGGGCCAGUGCCUGUGGCGGCCAAGUGGGCCGCCAGCCCGGCCUCACAUGCCAGCGACGACUACGAGGCCUGGGCUGAGUAUCGCGGCGGCGGCGGGAGACCCCUACUCGCGGAGGCAGCCGAGCUGGAAGACGACGAGGCCCUGGAGGCCCUGGCGCCGUCCUCACCGCUCAUGUACCCGAGCCCCGCGAGCGCGCUGUCGCCGGCCCUGGGCGCGCGCUGCCCAGGGGAGCUGCCCCGCCUGGCUGAGCUGGGAGGCCCGCUGGGCCUGCACAGCAGCGGUGGCGGCGCCGGCAUGCCCGAGCCCUUGCUCGACGGCGCGCAGGACGUGUACGGGCCGCGGGCCCGCGCAGGGACCCCGGCUUACUUCGGCGGCUGCAAGGGCGCUGCUUACGGCGGGGGUGGAGGCUUCGGACCGCCGCCUCUGGGCGCGCUUCGCCGCCUGCCCAUGCAGACCAUCCAGGAGAACAAGCAGGCCAGCUUCACGCCGGCCUCCGUGCCCUACCGCCCAGGGGCGCUGCCCGCGCUGCUGCCGCCGCCGCCGCCGCCCACGCCCAGGCCCGGCCCGGUGCUAGGCGCGCCGGGGGAGCUGGCUCUGGCGGGCACGGCCGCCGCCUAUCCCGGCAAGGGGGCCGCCCCUUAUGCGCCUCCCGCGCCCUCGCGCAGUGCCUUAGCCCACCCCAUCAGCCUUAUGACGCUGCCCGGCGAGGCGGGCACCGCGGGUCUUGCACCGCCCGGCCACGCCGCCGCCUUCGGAGGUCCACCAGGCGGCCUCCUCUUGGACACGCUCCCGGGGCCGUAUGCAGCAGCUGCUGCCGGGCCGCUGGGCGCGGCGCCCGACCGUUUCCCGGCCGACCUGGACCUCGACAUGUUCAGCGGGAGCCUCGAGUGUGACGUUGAGUCCAUCAUCCUCAAUGACUUCAUGGACAGCGACGAGAUGGAUUUUAACUUCGACUCGGCCCUGCCCCCACCACCGCCUGGCCUGGCGGGUGCCCCACCGCCCAACCAGAGUUGGGUGCCUGGCUGAGGCACCCACGCCCCUAGUGCCCCCGUCCCAUUUCCAAGGGUCUUCCUGUCUUGAUUCCCGGGUCCCUACCCCACCCUCCCAAAGCCCGAUCCAGCUCCAAGGAACACGUGAGAGUGAGCUCCCGCCCCGAGGGAGACACUCCUCAAAAGUUGGCCUCUGGGGAAGGUGGAAGGGAGGGAGCACCCCACUGUGUGCCCACACCCCUGAGAUCUGCUGGCCUCCUUCUGGGGGAGGUGAGCCUGGCUG